AUGUCUUUUCCUUUUUCUGAAAUUCACAGUUUCUUGCCUUGGAGUGUUGGUAUUCCGGCAUUUGCUAUAUGUUUGCGAACUUGUAUCACACUUCCCAUAGCAAUUGCAAGCAAACGACGUCGAGAACGCUUGUUGCAGAUUCAUUCACUAUUAACGUCAAAACGCAAUCAGCUAGUAAGCAAAGAUGCUAUAAAACAGGAAAAGCGGCGUCUUUAUAGCGAGUUUCGGUGUUCUCCAUGGCCAUUACUAUUGCUUCCAAUGGCUCAAAUACCUUGCUUCGCAUACGCAACGUUGAAGCUACGUAGACUCGUCCGAAUGGCACCUUCUUCUAUGACCACAGAAGGAGCCUUUUGGUUCCAAAAUUUACUCGAACCUGACCCUACCGGUUUGUUAACGGUGUCAUUGGGUUUGGCAUACAUGACCAAUGCAGCGAUUGUUCAUCGCCGUCAACAAUUCAGUGGAUUGUCCAAGGGUACGUUCAUUGCCAGUAUCCUUUCGUCGUUUGCAAUGAUAUACGUCGCCUCCCUGUCUCCAUCAGCCAUGACUCUGUACUGGUCCACAUCUGCACUGUACUCAACAAUCCAGAAUGCACUUCUUUACCGCAACGAUACCCCAAGUGAGCCAGCAAAAGAUAAAUAG